GGCGGAGGCGUCAGGGAGGCUGGACCGAGCAGGAAGGAGAGCAGCGCAGGAGAAGAGGGACGCUCGCGACGGCCGAGCGCGAGGGGGGAAGCGCGGAAGAAAGAGGCCCAGAGACACUCAGAAAGGGACAGCCGUCGCUGAGUUGCUAUCGCAGACAGGACCGCGGCUGCGAGCGAAGCACUGACGGAGCUCGGCAGCACCGCAACCUGACACCUGUAGCUUCGCGCCCGCCGCCACCGCCAGCCCCAGAGAACCAUGGCGUCUGGCAGUACUGCCGCCAGUGAGGAGGAGCGCAGUCUCCGGGAAUGUGAACUCUAUGUCCAGAAGCACAACAUCCAGGCGCUGCUCAAGGAUUCUAUUGUGCAGUUGUGCACUGCUCGACCUGAGAGACCCAUGGCGUUCCUUAGGGAAUACUUUGAGAGAUUGGAGAAGGAGGAGGCAAAGCAGAUUCAGAAUCUGCAGAAAGCAGGUACCCGUACAGACUCUAGAGAGGAUGAAAUCUCUCCUCCCCCUCCCAACCCAGUGGUGAAGGGUCGCCGGCGACGUGGUGCUAUCAGUGCGGAAGUCUACACGGAGGAAGAUGCUGCAUCAUAUGUUAGAAAGGUUAUACCAAAAGAUUAUAAGACAAUGGCUGCUUUGGCCAAAGCCAUUGAAAAAAAUGUGCUGUUUUCACAUCUUGAUGAUAAUGAAAGAAGUGAUAUUUUUGAUGCCAUGUUUCCAGUCUCCUUUAUUGCUGGAGAGACAGUUAUUCAGCAAGGUGAUGAAGGAGAUAACUUCUAUGUGAUUGAUCAAGGAGAGAUGGAUGUAUAUGUGAACAGUGAAUGGGCAACCAGUGUUGGGGAAGGAGGGAGCUUUGGAGAACUGGCUUUGAUUUAUGGAACACCUAGAGCAGCCACUGUUAAAGCGAAGACAAAUGUGAAACUAUGGGGUAUCGACCGAGACAGCUAUAGAAGAAUCCUUAUGGGAAGCACACUGAGAAAGCGAAAAAUGUAUGAAGAGUUCCUUAGUAAAGUGUCUAUUUUAGAGUCUCUGGACAAGUGGGAGCGUCUCACAGUAGCUGAUGCAUUGGAACCAGUCCAGUUUGAAGAUGGGCAGAAGAUUGUGGUUCAGGGAGAACCAGGGGAUGAGUUCUUCAUUAUAUUAGAGGGGACAGCUGCUGUGCUACAACGUCGGUCCGAAGAUGAAGAGUUUGUUGAAGUGGGACGACUGGGGCCUUCCGAUUAUUUUGGUGAAAUUGCACUACUGAUGAAUCGUCCUCGUGCUGCCACUGUGGUUUCACGUGGGCCUUUGAAGUGCGUUAAGCUGGACCGACCUCGUUUUGAACGUGUCCUUGGCCCAUGCUCAGAUAUCCUCAAACGAAACAUCCAACAGUACAACAGUUUUGUGUCACUGUCUGUCUGAAAUGUGCCUCCUGUGCCUCUCUUUUUCCUCCCCUAGUCCACGCUUCACUCAUGCAGACUGCUUUAUUGUCCCUACUUGCAGCUGGCAUUGCAGCUUCUUGUCUCUUUAUAUUAUUAAAAGUUGCUUUUAUUGCACCGUUUUUAAUUUGGAGCAUUAACUAAAUGCUCGUACACAAAUAAAUACAAGAGUUCUGUGGACUUUGCUGUUACUGCUUCUCUCUGUGCAGUGUUAGUGUUCACCUGGGCAGUGAGUGCCGUGCCUUUUGGUGAGGGUGGAUCCCAGCACCAGUGAUUUCCAUAGAGUAAUGAUAUAACAGUGCAAGAUUUUUUGUGAUAUAAUUUCUGGUUAUAAGCAUAUUUAGACUGUGGCCGUAUAUAUGCUGUAUUUCUAUAUAGAAUAAUGAUUUCUCAUUAAGCUGCAGGAUUAGGAAAAAUGGUUGUAGAAAAUCUUAGUGUAGUAGAAAGACAUAUGCUUGUAAUUAAACUAGUUAAAGAGUGGAAAAAUGCCCAUUUUUUUUUUUUUGCUGAUUAUCAGAUGGAUAUGAUUGUUUCAGCCCCCCAACCUAAAUUUUCAUUUGCCAAGGUAUUUUUGCCUGGUUUGUUUAUAUCUUGUUAUUAAUGUUUCCUCUCUCAUUCUGAAAUAUUUUUAUGUGUGGCUAUCUAUAUCUGCCUUUUAAGUUUGAAACCAAAUCAGAGACUGCAAAUAUUGGGUUGUGGUUUAACUACAUCUGCCUCAGCCCACAAGUCUGAUUAGACUUUUAUCCAGCUAGUGCCAAAUACUGAUGAUGAGAUGCUAAAUCGAAAAUAAGAAUUUGAGAUCUAUGUUCUUGGUUGUUAAUUUAGAGCUUUUGGUUAGCAUAGAACCUUCAGUUAACUCCAGCGUAAUCUCCUGUGCUGACUAAACUCUGAUUCCAGGAGAUUGGAUUUGCUGAGUGGCUACAGAUGGAACAAAUGUCAUACGGAAAAAUGGAGGUUAUGUUGCUAAAGGGAGGAACCAGGUAGAUAAAGUUAGUUAUGGCAAAUUUUCCUCCACUAAAUUCACUGGGGCUUGAGAUUUGGGAAGAAGUUUUUGUACUUGGAUUUAACCUUUUCCCCUCCUUUUUUUAUGUCAAGUAGAAUUUCUGAUGGGGUAGAGGUAGGUAGGAUGUGUUUGUGUGUGGUCUAAAAGGCCUUCCUGCUCAAAGUCUGGCUUUCCUGUCUAGUCCAUAUUUCCCUGGCAUUUUUUUUCUUUUUUUAAGUAAACCUGUGUUUUGAGUCUUAACUGUAUUUCAGUAUUUUCCAGCCUUAUGUGUUACAUUAUUCCAAUGAUACCAACAGUUUAUUUUUAUUAUUGUUAUUUUUUAAACAAAAUUUCACAGUUCCAUAAUGUAGGCACUUUUAUUUUCAUUGUGAUUUAUAUAUAUAAUGUAGGGUUAUAUUUGGGAGUGACUGCAAGUAUUUUCCACUUGUGUGCAACUGGUUCUGAUUAAUAAUCCCCUCUCUUAUCCUUUCCCAGGUAAUUUAAAUUGGCCAAGGUAGAUUUUUUUCAUAGAUUUGAAAAGUUUUUAGGUUGUUACUAACUUGGAAUAGAAAUCUGAGAAAUUUUAUUUACAUUUUAGUGUGGGAUAGAAAGCCACCUUGUCAAAAUUUUUUAAUUUUCACAAUCUAUAUUAAAUGAGGCUUUUAUGAUCUGUACUUUGUGUUUGGCUACUUUUUUGAUAUUUAAAACAUAAAAAUAAAAAUUAUGUUCCUAUCAGCUUAAAGCUUGAUUUGAUCUUUGUUUAAAUGCCAAAAAUGUACUUAAAUGAAUUAUGUAGAAUGCCAUGAAAUUGCAGUUUCAUAUAUGUAUAUAAUCAUGUUCAUGUGUAUUGAUACAUAUACUGCUUUCUAAAUGAGUUUUACUCAAACCAUUUGGCUUGCUAUAUUCCCUUUUGUAGUUUUUAAUCUUAGACAUUUUAAGAUAAGCCUAAAUUUAACAAUUAUUACAUUUAAAGCUUUAUCUUUUGUGCAGUCUAAGUGUAUGUGAGAAAUCACAGUUGGCGUAAUUUGUCUCAGUUGAUAUUCAGGGCUUACGGAGUCAUUUUUUUCUGGAUUUGAUGAGUCGAUUUAUGAGAUCUGCUUUAGAAAGUAUAGAUGGCCAGAGGACCAUUUUGUAUUGUUUCCUGGUUACCAGUCUGAUUAUAUUGUGUGUGCUAAUAUAUGCUAUUCCUUUUGUUAUAGUGUGUCUUAAUGGUAGGUCAAGUAAUAAAAGAUUAAAUAAUUUAAA